GCGAUCAAUCCCGACCCCGCAACAGAAGCCCCCGGAGGGAGAAGUGCUGCGCGCUGUGAUGCGUCUUCCUCUCGUCUCGGCUGCCAGAUUGGAUUGUAGCACCCGGCUCCGUGCACUGAGAGAAUGGCUCGGUUCGGGGAUGAUCUACCAACACGCUAUGGAGGUGGAGGGCCGGCCGGGGCUGGAAGAGGGAGCAGCCGGCAAGGUGGCCCCCAAGCCGGCCAAAGGAUGUAUAAGCAGUCGAUGGCUCAGAGGGCCCGGACUAUGGCUCUCUACAACCCCAUCCCUGUCAAACAGAACUGCUUCACAGUCAACAGAUCCCUCUUCAUCUUCAGUGAAGAUAAUGUUAUACGGAAAUAUGCCAAGAGAAUAACAGAAUGGCCUCCAUUUGAAUACAUGAUUUUAGCUACAAUCAUAGCCAAUUGUAUUGUGCUGGCUCUGGAACAACAUUUGCCGGACGGAGACAAGACACCUAUGUCAGAGAGAUUGGAUGACACUGAGCCGUACUUUAUUGGAAUAUUUUGUUUUGAAGCUGGUAUAAAGAUCAUCGCUCUGGGGUUUGUUUUUCACAAAGGCUCUUAUCUCCGAAAUGGAUGGAAUGUGAUGGAUUUUGUUGUGGUCCUCACAGGGAUUCUAGCAACUGCCGGGACCGACUUCGACCUGCGGACCCUGCGAGCUGUCCGCGUGCUGCGGCCGCUGAAGCUGGUGUCGGGAAUCCCAAGUCUGCAGGUCGUCCUCAAGUCCAUCAUGAAGGCGAUGGUGCCCCUGCUUCAGAUUGGGCUGCUCCUCUUCUUCGCCAUCGUGAUGUUUGCCAUCAUCGGGUUGGAGUUCUACAUGGGGAAGUUUCACAAAACCUGCUUCUCUAACGAGACAGGUGAAGAGGUGGGAGAUUUUCCUUGUGGAGAGGAACCUCCUGCCAGGCAGUGCGAGAGUGGGACCACCUGCAGGGAGUACUGGCAAGGGCCCAACUACGGCAUCACCAACUUUGACAACAUCCUCUUUGCUGUGCUCACCGUCUUCCAGUGCAUCACCAUGGAGGGAUGGACCGACAUCCUCUACAAUACAAACGAUGCUGCAGGAAAUACCUGGAACUGGCUUUACUUCAUCCCUCUCAUCAUCAUCGGCUCUUUCUUCAUGCUCAACUUGGUGUUGGGUGUCCUAUCAGGUGAAUUUGCCAAAGAACGAGAGAGGGUAGAAAACCGUCGAGCUUUCCUGAAACUCCGUAGGCAACAGCAAAUAGAACGGGAACUAAAUGGAUAUUUGGAGUGGAUCUUCAAAGCAGAGGAGGUCAUGCUGGCCGAGGAAGACAAGAACGCGGAAGAGAAAUCUCCUCUGGACGGGAGGGCCGCCUCGGAAGGGCCGAUUCAACAAGGCACGGCACCGGCAGAGACUAGCAGCGGCAGCAGCUACAACAUGUUGAAAAGAGCUGCAAUAAAGAAGAGCAAAAACGACCUGAUUCAUGCUGAAGAAGGUGAGGACCAUUUCACAGACAUUUGCUCCGUUGGGUCUCCUUUUGCCCGUGCCAGUUUGAAGAGUGGGAAGAACGAGAGCUCAUCCUACUUCAGGAGGAAAGAGAAAAUGUUCCGCUUCUUCAUCCGGCGCAUGGUGAAAGCUCAGAGCUUCUACUGGAUCGUGCUCUGCGUGGUUGCCCUCAACACGCUCUGCGUCGCGAUGGUGCACUACGAUCAGCCAGAGAAACUCACCACGGCGCUGUAUUUCGCCGAGUUUGUUUUUCUGGGUCUGUUUCUUACUGAGAUGUCUUUGAAGAUGUAUGGGCUGGGGCCAAGAAAUUACUUCCAUUCCUCAUUCAACUGCUUUGACUUUGGGGUCAUUGUGGGAAGCAUCUUUGAAGUCAUCUGGGCUGCAGUGAAACCUGGCACCUCGUUUGGCAUCAGCGUGCUGAGAGCCCUGCGGCUGCUGAGGAUUUUCAAAGUCACCAAAUACUGGAACUCCCUGAGGAACCUCGUGGUCUCCUUGCUGAACUCUAUGAAGUCCAUCAUCAGUUUGCUCUUUCUGCUGUUCCUUUUCAUUGUGGUGUUUGCUCUGCUGGGGAUGCAGCUCUUCGGAGGGCAGUUCAAUUUUAGAGAUGAAACACCAACCACGAAUUUCGAUACCUUCCCAGCUGCCAUCCUCACAGUGUUCCAGAUCCUGACCGGGGAAGACUGGAAUGCAGUGAUGUACCAUGGCAUAGAGUCGCAGGGCGGUGUCCACUCGGGGAUGUUCUCCUCCAUCUACUUCAUUGUCCUGACAUUGUUUGGUAACUACACGCUCCUGAAUGUCUUCUUGGCCAUCGCCGUUGACAAUCUGGCCAAUGCCCAAGAGCUGACCAAGGACGAGGAGGAGAUGGAGGAAGCCACCAAUCAGAAGCUCGCCCUGCAGAAGGCCAAGGAAGUAGCAGAAGUCAGCCCCAUGUCUGCAGCGAACAUUUCCAUAGCCGCUUUUGUAAAGCAAACUCGAGGUACUGUAUCUCGCAGCUCGUCAGUCUCCAGCGUAAAUUCACCCAAGCAGCAGAACUCCUCCAAAUCCAAGUCGGUUUGGGAGCAGCGAACCAGCCAGAUCCGGAUGCACAAUUUCCGAGCCAGCUGCGAGGCGCUGUACAACGAACUGGACCCCGAGGAGCGGGUGCGCUAUGCCACGACCCUACACAUCCGCCCAGACAUGAAGACCCACUUGGACCGGCCACUGGUGGUGGAGCCGAGGGGUGAAGGGAGGAACAACAUCAGCAAGCUGAGCCCUGUGGAUGUGCAGGAGGUGGAGCAGACCAAAGUCAGCUCUACCGAUGGAGCAGAAGCUCCACGGAAGCAUCACCGGCACCGGGAUAAGGAGAAAUUGGGAGAGCAAGAGAAGGGUGAUGUGACCAAAGAUGAGAAUGGGGAAUCUGGCAUCAACAAUAAGGAGGAGAGGCACAGGCAGCACAGAAGCCGCAGCAAGGAGGUGGAAGGGGGCAGCAAGGAAGGGAAAAGUGACCGCACCAGAGGCCAGGAAGGAGGGAAGAGGCACCAUCGCCGGGGGUCGGUGGAAGAAGGCACUGAGAAGGAGCAUCGGAGGCACCGCACACACCGGCACUCUACGGAACGGCAAGGCAAGGAGGGCAACGGGACCAUCAACGGGGCCAGGAGUGAGAGGAGGACCCGCCACCGUGGAGGGUCAAGGUCUGGGAACCGGGAAGGAGAGCCUGGCUCCAAGGGCGAGAACGGAGAGGAACCUCACAGACGGCACCGGUUCAGGAGCAGGGCGUUGUCGACGUACGAUUCAGUGGAGAAGGAGAACAGGGAGAAGGAAGGGGAGACAGCGGAGAAGGAGCACCAGAAUCAUCAGCCCAAGGAGAACCAGUGUGAGAUCGAGGCUAGUGGGAGCGUGAGCAUCCCUGUGCACACCCUUCCCAGCACCUAUCUGCAGAAAGUGCCGGAGCAGCCGGAAGAUGCUGACAACCAGAAGAACGUGACACGCAUGAUUCAGCCACCUCUGGACAAAACCACCACUGUGAACAUCCCCGUCACCAUCACUGCCCCUCCAGGAGAAACCACUGUCAUACCCAUGAACAACGUUGAGUUUGAAAGUAAAACAGAAGAGAAGAAGGACGCUGAUGACCUGACGAAGAAUGGGCCUAAACCAAUCUUGCCUUACAGUUCCAUGUUCAUCCUAAGUCCUACAAACCCGAUCCGGCGUCUGUUCCACUACAUCGUCAACCUGCGCUACUUUGAGAUGGUCAUCCUCAUCGUGAUCGCUCUCAGCAGCAUUGCCCUGGCGGCAGAAGACCCUGUCCAAGCAGAAUCACCGAGGAACGAUGCUCUGAAAUACUUGGAUUAUAUAUUUACGGGCGUCUUUACUUUUGAGAUGGUGAUCAAGAUGAUCGACCUGGGGCUGUUACUCCAUCCUGGCUCCUAUUUCCGUGACCUGUGGAACAUCUUGGACUUCAUUGUGGUCAGUGGGGCCUUGGUGGCAUUUGCGUUCUCAGGAACCAAAGGCAAGGACAUCAACACAAUCAAGUCGCUGCGGGUUCUGCGGGUCCUACGACCACUGAAGACCAUUAAACGGCUGCCAAAACUAAAGGCUGUCUUUGACUGCGUGGUGAAUUCCCUGAAGAACGUCCUCAAUAUCCUGAUCGUUUAUAUGCUCUUCAUGUUCAUUUUCGCUGUCAUUGCUGUGCAGCUCUUCAAAGGCAGAUUCUUCUACUGCACCGAUGAGUCAAAGGAGCUGGAGAAGGACUGCAGAGGUCAGUACCUUGACUAUGAAAAAAAUGAGGUGGAGGCGCAGCCCAGGGAGUGGAAGAAAUACGAGUUCCAUUAUGACAACGUGCUGUGGGCUCUGCUGACACUUUUCACUGUCUCCACAGGAGAAGGGUGGCCAACUGUGCUGAAGCACUCAGUGGAUGCCACCUACGAGGAACAGGGUCCCAGCCCUGGCUACCGAAUGGAAAUGUCUAUCUUUUACGUGGUGUAUUUUGUUGUCUUCCCUUUUUUCUUUGUGAACAUCUUUGUGGCGUUAAUCAUAAUCACCUUCCAAGAGCAAGGAGAUAAAGUGAUGUCAGAAUGCAGCCUAGAGAAAAAUGAGAGGGCCUGCAUUGACUUCGCCAUAAGUGCCAAGCCACUGACCCGCUACAUGCCUCAGAACAAGCAGUCAUUUCAGUACAAGAUGUGGAAAUUUGUGGUGUCCCCUCCCUUUGAGUAUUUUAUCAUGGUCAUGAUUGCACUCAAUACUAUUGUUCUCAUGAUGAAGUUCUAUGAUGCUCCAGAAGCAUAUGAAGAAAUGUUGAAAUGCCUGAAUAUUGUCUUUACAUCCAUGUUUUCAAUGGAGUGUGUGCUGAAGAUCAUUGCCUUUGGUGUGCUGAAUUAUUUCCGAGAUGCCUGGAAUGUCUUUGAUUUUGUAACAGUAUUGGGAAGUAUUACUGAUAUUUUAGUAACAGAGAUUGCGGACAACUUCAUCAACCUCAGCUUCCUGCGGCUCUUCAGGGCAGCAAGACUUAUCAAGCUCCUUCGCCAGGGUUACACUAUCCGCAUCUUGCUCUGGACGUUUGUGCAGUCAUUUAAGGCCUUGCCUUAUGUGUGUCUUCUCAUUGCAAUGCUCUUCUUCAUCUAUGCCAUUAUUGGCAUGCAGGUAUUUGGAAACAUUGCACUAAAUGACGAAACCUCCAUCAAUCGGCACAAUAAUUUCCGUACCUUCCUUCAAGCCUUGAUGCUUCUGUUCAGGAGUGCCACGGGGGAGGCCUGGCACGAGAUCAUGCUGUCGUGCCUGAGCAGCAGGGCCUGCGACCCGCUCUCCGGCCUCACCAAGAACGAGUGCGGCAGUGACUUCGCCUACUUCUACUUUGUGUCAUUCAUCUUCCUCUGCUCCUUCCUGAUGUUGAACCUAUUUGUGGCUGUAAUUAUGGACAACUUUGAAUACUUGACAAGAGACUCCUCCAUCCUUGGGCCCCAUCACUUGGAUGAGUUUGUUCGUGUCUGGGCUGAAUAUGACCCAGCUGCCUGCGGGCGCAUCAGUUACACAGACAUGUAUGAGAUGCUGAGACACAUGUCCCCACCUCUAGGCCUUGGAAAGAAAUGCCCUGCUCGCGUUGCCUAUAAGCGCCUGGUACGGAUGAACAUGCCCAUCUCACCCGAGGAUCUGACGGUCCACUUCACCUCCACGCUGAUGGCCCUGAUCCGCACUGCUCUGGAAAUCAAGCUCGCCUCAGGGGGUGUUAAGCAGCACCAGUGUGAUGCUGAGCUGAGAAAGGAGAUCUCUUUGGUUUGGCCCAACCUGUCCCAGAAGACGCUGGAUUUGCUGGUGCCUCCUCACAAACCUGACGAGAUGACUGUGGGGAAGGUCUACGCAGCGCUCAUGAUAUUUGACUUCUACAAACAGAACAAGAACAGCAGGGAACAAGUCCACCAGCCUCCUGGGGGCCUGUGCCAGCCCGGACCAGUGUCGCUCUUCCACCCCCUGAAGGCCACUUUGGAGCAAACCCAGCCCUCGGCGUUCAGCAGCGCGAAGGCGUUCCUCCGCCAGAAAAGCUCGGCCUCACUCAACAACGGGGGCACGUUGCCAGCCCCAGAGGGUGGGAUCAAAGAGUCCAGUUCCUGGGGGACCCAACGCACCCAGGAUGUGUUUUAUGAAACCAGGACACCAGCUUUUGAGCGAGGCCACUCAGAAGAAAUCCCCAUUGAACGGGUGGUGGAAAUGAGGGAGAUCAGCCCCGCAAUUGCCAACGGAGAGCACCAACCAGGGCUGGAGAGCCAGGGUCGGGCGGCUUCCAUGCCGCGCCUGGCUGCCGAAACGCAGCCCAUCCCGGACACGAGCCCCAUGAAGCGCUCCAUCUCCACGCUGACCCCGCAGCGUCCGCACCCCAUGCACCUCUACGAGUACUCCCUGGAGCGCAUGCCCACGGAGCAGGUGCAGCACCACCACCACCACCACCGCUGCCACCGGCGGAAAGAGAAGAAGCAGAAGUCCUUGGACAGGACCACACAUCAGCUGGCCGAUGGGGAAGCUGUGCCCCAAUCUGGUGAAUCUUCUUCCAAGGACAAGAAGCAGGAGCGUGGACGGUCCCAAGAGAGGAAGCAGCACUCUUCCUCCUCUUCAGAAAAGCAGCGUUUCUACUCCUGUGAUCGCUAUGGCAGCCGGGACCGAGCCCAGCCCAAGUCUGCCGAUCAGAGCAGGCCCACUUCGCCCAAUGGUGGGCCUGAGCAAGGUCCCCACAGACAGGUGAGGAGAUGCAGGGUGGGAGGAGAGCCCUAACUUCUGCCGGGGACGUGCAUUUUCUAUGCCUUUCUUUAAAAUAGAGGAGAUGAAAGACUACAGAUGGGAAAGCCUUUGAGGUCCUGCUUGUCAUAGGAUUGCUUGGGUUGGAAAGGACGCUUAGGCAUCAUCUAGUUCAAGCCUCUGCCAUGGGCAGGGAUGACUUUUGGCAGAUCAGGUUGGCCAAAGCCCCAUCCAACCUGGCUGUGAACACCUCCAGUGCCAGAGCAUCCAUUUGCAUGUAAUGUAUGACCACAGGAAAAGCUGGGCAUCCUCCCUUGGACGUUCUAGGUCACUGAGUAGUGGUGAUCCUCCCCAUCAUCUCCAUUAGCAUGCAGAAAGCCUGGCAGGUGCUGGAGUCAGGGGC